CUUAUCCGGCCUCGCAGCCGUGUCGGCCCAGUCGGCGGGAUGUCGCCAGGCGGUUUGAGCCUGGGGCAUCGUGCCAAACCUGCUAGCACAAUACAUGCAACGGCAUUUGCUAGAGUGUACUUUGCAACUGGAAAUCCCUGUACAAGCUGGCAGAGGUGGGAGCUUCGCGCGGGAUCGCGCUGUCGCCGAACGCAAUGUUCACGACGCAACUUCGCAGGUCGUUGCUAUUCUUUCGGACGGCCCUCGCCUGCCCUUUGAGCUGCAAGCGGUAGAGCUGGACCUCCCAGAACUGCAGGGGGAUCCUGAGGACAUAUGCCGCCAGAAGUGCCGCAUAGCUGCCGACCAGCUCCAAGGGCCGGUGCUGGUGGACGACGCGAGCCUGUGCUGCACCGCGCUGAACGGGUUGCCGGGUCCUUACAUCAAGUGGUUUAUUGAGAAGCUGGAGCCCGAGGGCUUCCUGCGCAUGUUGGAGGGCUUUGAAGACAAGUCAGCCGCGUUCCAGUGCGUCUUCGCCUUCGCACCGGGCCCGGGCUCCGAGCCUGUCACAUUCGUGGGGCGGUUGCCUGGUCGCAUCGUGCCGCCGCGGGGCCCCAGCGGCGGCAAGUGGGGAGACCUCAGUCGGCUGUUUGAACUGGAGGGCUACGGCCGCACGUACGCGGAGAUGGACGAGGCCACCCUCCGUGCCGUGUCACACAGGUCACAAGCGCUGGCGCUCGUCAGAGAGUACCUACUCACGCUGAGUUAGGCGGGUUGCUGCUGUACUUUCGGUUAUGUUCGUACUGUUGCGAGCCUUGGUUGAUGGUUGAGCGCUGUUAUAGGGCUGCGAUAGAGGUGUUUGGCUGUGAGAGAAGCACGGAUACGCGGCUGAUCCGCGAUGCGGUAAUCUCAUUGGGCGUUUGAGGACGCCUUGUCAGCUGCUAGGUCCAAGGCUCCGUGUCCAGAAUAUCGUUCCUGAAUCUGCCUGACCGGCGUGUGCCCAUGUAAUGCCCCACAUGC